AUGCUGAGCUGGCAGCCCCUUAAAACUCUAUCUGAAUCCAACCUUGUGGUGGAAGACUUUGAGGCCAUGAUCAAACUACCUUCGAGCGGAGCGUGUGUCCAAAAGUGGGUCGGUCCAUUCCACGAGCCAUCCCUGAGAAAUGGGCCAACGGACUUUGUCGGACGUGGCCAUAUCAUUGAACAAGUUCUAGAAAAAGUUCGACCAAGAGAAGCCAAUGGUCGAUGCCAAAGAACCGCUAUCAAGGGCCUUGGAGGGGUCGGUAAGACUCAAAUCGCGCUCGAAGUCGCUUCUCGUGUCUACAAAGAGGAUCACAACUACUGCGUCUUCUGGGUUUCUGCUGUUGAUGCGGCGACUUUUGAGAAUGGCUACCGCGAGAUAGGUCAAAAAUUAAACAUACAGGGUAUUAACGCCGAAGAAGUGGACUUGAAGUCGCUUGUUAAGACUGCAUUAAGUCGAUACCCGUCAGACUGGCUUCUAGUUAUAGACAACGUUGACGAUACGGAUCUAUUCUUUGGCCAGUCUACAUCUCUGGAAAAGUAUCUCCCUUUCACCCGUGAAAGCGCUGGCUACAAAGGCUCUAUCCUAUAUACGACGAGGAACCAUAAAGCUGCUGUGAAACUUGCUAUGGGGCCAGGAUAUAUCAUCGAAGUAAGAGAAAUGAACAGGAGUGAAUCGCAUAUAUUACUGCGGAAUAACAUAGGUCCGGUGCGGGAAAAUGAUCCUGAAAACACCACGCGCCUCUUAGACUUCCUAUGUGAUCUACCACUUGCUAUUCGACAAGCUGGCGCCUAUAUCCACCGAAAUAGCAUGACUGUGGGAGAGUACCUAAGCUUAUGCCAGUCGAAUGAUGAAAACCUUGUCAAGCUUCUAAGCGAGGGCUUUGAAGAUCAAGGCAGCUACGGUCCCGGAAAACCAAUUGCGACAUCAUUGCUUAUUUCCUUCGAGCAUAUUGUUCACAACGACCCACUAGCUGCACAAUACCUCGAGUUCAUGUCUUUCCUAGCCGAAAAGGACAUUCCAGAAAGCAUCCUAUCGCCCAGGGAGGAUAGGUUGAAGAUGAGCGAAGCCAUUGGGACCCUGAAGGGGUACGCAUUCAUCAGCGAGGACCGUCAGGGGUUAUACCACACGCAUAGGCUUGUUCGACUAGUGAUGCGAAAUUGGCUGAAGCAGAGAGCUAUCGAAAAAGUGCUUGGACCUGAAGCUCCCGAGACGCUCACUAGCAUGAAUAACCUUGCAAGUUCACUAGAGAGUCAGAGGAAGUAUAAGGAGGCUGAAGAUCUCUACCGGCAGACCCUACAACUAUCGAAAAAGUGCUUGGACCUGAAGCUCCCGAUACGCUCACUAGCAUGA